AAUCGUUGACUUCCAAGGAGAGAGAAUGGUUGAGAAAAUGGAAAUAGACAGUCAUAAAUCUGAUUUACCUUGGGUUGAAAAGUACAGACCAAACGAGUUAGACGACGUCGUAUCACAUACUGAAAUUAUACAAACGAUAAAUCAAUUCAUACAAAAGCAACGUCUACCACACCUUCUCUUCUAUGGUCCUCCUGGUACCGGUAAAACCUCAACUAUCCUCGCUAUCGCUAAGAAAAUCUACGGCGGUAACUGGAAACGCAAUGUCUUGGAAUUGAACGCAUCUGACGACAGAGGAAUUGACGUCGUGCGCGAUCAAAUAAAGUCUUUUGCACAAACGCGUACAUUGUUCUCAGAUGGUUUCAAAUUAAUCAUCCUCGAUGAAGCUGAUCUUAUGACCCAGCAAGCACAAGGUGCUCUACGUCGGAUUAUCGAACAUUAUACACCAACAACACGCUUCUGUAUAAUCUGUAACUACGUCAAUAAGAUUACCCCAGCUAUCAUGUCACGCUGUACCCGUUUCAGGUUCUCUCCAUUGCCAUAUGCACACCUUGAUAAGAGACUAGUCGAGGUUAUAGAAAAUGAGGCCGUACAGAUUGAUGAUGACGCAAAGAAAGCGUUACUCAAUUUAACAAAGGGUGAUAUGAGACGCGCAUUGAACAUCCUUCAAGCAUGUCAUACUGCGUGUAUGCCAGAGCGUAUAUCAAUAAAGGAUGUAUACAACGUCACUGCAGCUCCUCAACCAGAAGCCAUUGAGUAUAUCGUCAAUACACUCCUCAAAGACGAAAUAUCAACUUGUUAUUCAAAAAUCCAUCAAGUUAAACGUCAGAAUGGAUUAGCAUUGCAGGAUAUCCUAACAGGUGUAUACGAUUAUAUCCAAACAAUAGAGUUCCCUACAGCUACGAAAGUUGCAAUCUUAGAAUUACUCGCUGAAGUUGAACAUAGAUUAUCGAAGGGUUCGUCUGAGACUAUACAGCUAUCUGCAUUAAUUGCAUCAUUUAAAUUAUCCCUUGAUAUAGCGGCAAAAUCUGCAUAAUUGUAAU